AUGAUAUAUCUUUACGUUGUAGUGUGCAAUAUUUUAUUCCUUCCGGUUAUUUUAUGUAAUGAUAUCACAGUGACUAAAUCGAAAGUAAUAAAUAAUACGCCACCUGUUUCUCUACUGCCUAAUGAAACGCAAGUACCUAGUGAAGGUGGUUCGAUAUCGCCCGAUAAAUUAGCAAUUGCAUUACCUAAAAACAACGAUAACAUACCAAGUUUAGACAAGGAGACAGGCAAAAGUAAAAUCGUUGCACGAAAAGGGGCCGGGAAUUACACGGAUGAAAUAACGAAUUCCUCUGAAAAACCAAUAUUAUCUCUGAGUGAAAAUGUAUCACUUAAAGCCAAUACAUCUAUUGCAAAUUCUAACACUACAAAUGAGCAGUCAACAACCACUAUAAAAAACAUAACUUUGCAAAUGGAUAAUAGCUCUGUGGUGAACAAAAGCACUGUGAAUAAUAGUUCUGAAAAUGCCAAUAACACUGUUCAGUUACCAAAAAAGCCACUGAUAUUGAAUGCUGACCUGCUAGAAAAUGCACAAUCGGAAAUUAAGUCUUCUCCUGCAACUAUAGUUAAUAGCCAAAUACAAUCACCUAAUAAUAAAGUUAAAACAUAUAUAAGUAGUGCAAAUAAUCAUCCUGGGAUGGUUAUGCCCAUUGUGAUAACCAUUUUACUAGUUCCUAUGUUUGCAGUACUUGGCUACAUGGCCUUGCGGCGAGGUCAAGAAGCUUGGAAGAACAGACAUUAUAAACGAAUGGACUUUUUACUUGAUGGCAUGUACAAUGAUUAA